AUGACCGUCCUCAUGUGGGUGAUUCCUUACCGUCCUCAUCCUCGUUGUGACACAUAUUUAUACGUUGCAUUGGAUGGUUCUGAGGACUACGAAUCUAUCGCUGCGGCUGUUAAUGCAACAACACCGUUUAAUCCCCUGAGAACAUGCAUUUUCAUAAAAAAGGGACAAUACGAAGAAAGUGUAACGGUACCGUCUGAAAAAAUCAAUGUAGUGUUUUUAGGUGAUGGGAUAAAUAGAACAAUAAUAACUUCCAACAAUCUGUUCAACACUACAUCAACAGGAACAUUAAAAAUUCUAGGAACAGGGUUCUUGGCAAUGGAUCUAACAAUUCGCAACACUGCAAGACCCGGCGAAGGUGAAGAAGCCGUGGCGCUAGAGAAUUGGGGGGACGAAUCAAUUUUCUAUCGAUGCAGUUUCACGGGCAAUAGUAGGACAUUGUAUGCAGUGGGAUUUAAACAAUUCUAUAGGGCCAGUGAAAUACAUGGCUCAACGUAUUUCAUUUAUGGUGGUGCCCAAGCCGUAUUCCAAAACUGCGUCAUUAAAACGGUACAAAGUGGUGAGAAAGAUAUUGUGGUAUCGGGAAAUGUUCGAAGCUACCCUUCUCAACAAUCCGGAUUUUUCUUUCAAAUGUGCAAGUUUGUAAAUCCGUUGGCAUUAUUUACUUCGGGGACAGCAUUAUCCGUCUACCUUGGAGCCCCAAUUACUCCCUACUCAACAGAAAUAGUCAUGCAAUCUUAUUUGGACAGCUCAGUGAUCGGUUGGAAAUUAUAUUCUCCUACAUUUUCUCAAUGUCCCAACACGGCUUUCUUCGCCGAAUUCAAGAACAAUGGAGUAGGUACAACGAAUCGGAACUUGUCCUCGUGA